UCUAUAUAUAUAUAUACACACUUAAUAUCGAUCGCGAGGACAAUAAUAUUGGUAAAGUGCGGGAAAAUAUUGUACGGCAGUUUUAGUUACAAUGGACCAUAUAAGUGAGUUCGAUAUUAGACUUGAAAAAGAGGCGUAUUAUGCUGGAGAAACGAUACACGGCCACGUUAUUUUACAUACAACCGAAAAUUUCAAAUUGAGAUCUAUUAGAGUGUCAUUGCGGGGUCAGGCACAUGCGGAAUGGAAAGUACUCGUUAGUGGGGAUCGACGAAGCGUUAAAGAUGAUCAAUAUUUUGUUGAUGAGCGGCUGGUCAUAUGGGGCCAAGAUUCAUCAGAAGGUCCUGUGCCAAUAUUACCUCGUGGGAAACAUCAGUUUCCAUUUCGGUUCAAUUUACCUGAAAGUGCCCUGCCCUGCAGUUUUGAAUCUCGUACUGGCUGCAUUAGAUACUACAUAAAAGCAACAGUCGAUAGGCCUUACGCCAGUCCGCCUCAGGGUUUUAAAUACUUCACUUUGAUCGGACCUCACAUAGACUGUAUGGAUGAACAAUACCUGAAACCAAUGGUUGGAAAUGAAAUAUAUGCUUCCUGCUGUUUCUGCUGCACGCGCAAUCCGGUAGAAUUAAGUGCCCAGUUGGAAAGAAGCGCUUAUGUUUGUGGAGAGAGCAUUAAGUUACGCGCUGCAAUGGACAACAGAGGAUUAGAAAAAGCUUGGCUGAAAGUUAAAUUGACGCAGUAUGUAGAAUUUUUCAUCGAUCGUGGAGUUCUUGGAGCGAGUAGGGAGCAACAGAAAAUGGUUUUAGAAUACAAAGGCGACCCAGUUCAACCUGGCUCAGCUAUGAAAUGGGACUCUGCCAAAACAAUGGUUUUACCAGUAUGUCCCCCAACAUUACUAGGUGUCUGCCGGCUCAUCCAAAUCUAUUAUGUUUUAAAGGUCAGCGUAGAAUUUGAAAAAGCAGGGGAGGAUCUUCAGAUGCAUUUUCCUAUAACUGUUGCAACUGUUCCAUUCCGAAUACCAAACAGCGUUCAUCACCCACAAAUAAAAUAUGAAGUUGCAGCUGAGCACGUAGAAGGAGGCUGUUAUAUAGGACCGGAAUUUUUACUUGGUCAGGUCUACGACGGAUCGGAUGUAACGCAACCUUCAGCCCUUGUUUUGUACAGACCCGUUUAUGUAUGCACCACAAACGACUGGAGAGGUCACGAACAUUAAUAAGAGGAAAGUUUUCAUACAUUGAAAAUUUCAGGGUAAUAUUAUAUAAAUGUCGCGCAAUUAAGAACUUCAAAUUUUGUAUUAAAUCCAAAAUUCUGGACUGACUGAUUUCUUAUAUGUUUCUAGUAUUGCUUUUAAUAGUACUAAACUGACGAAACGACGUUUAAUGUUGAAAUUAAAAAUAC